CUUAGUCCAGUUCUUCCAGAAAUGGGUGCCGCUACCCGCCCCUCCCCGCCCUUCAGAAGAAUAGGAAUCCCCCGUCCUGGGACGCUCGUCCACCUUCCAAAUCUCGGUGCCAGGUCGCCGGGACAGUCAGUCUUUGCAGAGGCCCUUCGGUCCGCCACUAUCCCAGGAUUCCCGACUCCCGGCUUCCUGCCCUUCUACCCUCCCAACUCCCGGCGCCUGCGAGAGCGGCAAGAUGGCGGACAGUGACGGCUUGGGCGAAGCAGCGACCGCUGCGGCUUCUGCACCUGCCACGGGCCUGAGCCCGCCGCGGGGCUGGAGGGAGCGGCUGCGGGCCGGCCUGGCGGGGACUGGUGCCUCGCUGUGGUUCGUGGCGGGGCUGGGACUGCUUUACGCUCUGAGGGUCCCUUUGAGGCUGUGUGAAAAUUUGGCAGCGGUGACACUAUUUUUAAAUUCAUUGACGCCCAAAUUCUAUGUGGCACUUACAGGGACAUCUUCUUUGAUAUCAGGACUAAUAUUUAUAUUUGAGUGGUGGUAUUUCCAUAAGCAUGGCACAUCUUUUAUUGAACAAGUAUCUCUAAGUCAUUUGCGACCAUUGAUGGGAGGAAGAGAAAGCAUUUCAGAUCCAGGUUCUCCUUCCAGCAACAGAGAACGUGAAAGCAGCAGACAAAACGUGUCAGAAUGUAAAGUAUGGAGAAACCCUCUAAAUCUUUUCAGAGGAGCUGAAUAUAGGAGAUAUACCUGGGUGACUGGUAAAGAACCACUUACAUAUUAUGAUAUGAACUUGUCAGCUCAAGACCAUCAGACUUUUUUCACCUGUGACACAGACUUUUUACGCCCUUCAGAUACAGUUAUGCAGAAGGCAUGGAGGGAAAGAAAUCCUCCAGCUCGAAUCAAAGCAGCCUAUCAAGCUUUAGAAUUAAAUAAUGACUGUGCCACUGCAUAUGUUCUACUGGCUGAAGAAGAAGCAACAACUAUUGUAGAUGCUGAAAGGCUAUUUAAACAGGCACUCAAGGCAGGAGAAACAGUUUAUAGGAGGUCACAACAGUGCCAACACCAAAGUCCUCAGCAUGAAGCUCAACUGAUCCUCUGCACUGGUUUUUUGAUAGGUAUUCUAGGGUCAUUGGAGAAGUACAACUCAAAAAUAUUUAAAUUUCAGGAAAACUCCUGUGAAGGAAGAGAUACCAAUGUGCUGGUGUAUAUUAAAAGAAGAUUGGCAAUGUGUGCAAGGAAAUUAGGAAGAAUAAGGGAAGCAGUAAAAAUAAUGAGAGAUUUGAUGAAAGAAUUUCCUCCUCUUACCAUGGUGAACAUCCAUGAAAAUCUCCUAGAGUCACUUUUAGAAUUACAGGCAUAUGCAGAUGUCCAGGCAGUCCUAGCAAAAUAUGAUGACAUAAGUCUUCCAAAGUCAGCAGCAAUCUGUUAUACAGCAGCACUUCUGAAGACAAGAACCGUUUCAGAUAAAUUCUCUCCAGAAACUGCUUCCAGAAGAGGGCUAAGUUCAGCAGAAAUUAAUGCUGUAGAAGCAAUUCAUAGAGCUGUGGAAUUUAAUCCUCAUGUUCCAAAAUACUUACUAGAGAUGAAAAGUCUAAUUUUACCUCCUGAACACAUUCUGAAACGGGGUGAUAGUGAAGCAAUUGCCUAUGCUUUCUUUCAUCUUCAGCACUGGAAGAGAAUAGAAGGUGCUCUUAAUCUGUUACAGUGUACCUGGGAAGGCACUUUUAGAAUGAUUCCGUACCCAUUAGAGAAAGGCCAUCUAUUUUACCCUUAUCCCAGCUGCACAGAGACUGCUGAUAGAGAACUGUUACCUACUUUUCAUCAUGUUUCUGUUUACCCAAAGAAGGAGCUUCCUUUUUUCAUCCAUUUCACAGCUGGACUGUGUUCUUCUACAGCAAUGAUAGCCCUUCUCACACACCAGUUUCCUGAAAUCAUGGGUAUUUUAGUUAAAGCUAUAAGUAUGAUCUCAAGAACUUGUGUUGAAUUUUUGUAAAACACAUGAGAAACGAACUCUAAUCUGUGUGAAAGCAGUCAAGCAGCGGAAAAUAUUUGUUAAAAGAAUUGAUUUGUAAAUUGGCAACCAUAAAUAUAUCAAACACAA